AGUCGUACAUCUAUUUUGUGCAAAUGCUCUGCUUAUGAGUGAUAUUCAGUUCAUUAUUGAGAAACCCGAAAAGCCUGCACGGCGCGUCAAGAAACGCUCAAGACUAAUCACGUCUUGCGAUGCCUGCCGACUUAAGAAAAUCAAGUGCCGUCCUAAAGAUCACGGCGGCGGUCGGUGCGAGGCGUGCGAGGCAUCCGACAGCGCCUGUGUCUUCGAGGAGCGCGAUCGAAUCCGGCGGUUGCGAGGCAUUGCAAACUUCACAGUUGCGCCGACCUGGUAUGCUCGCGAUACCGAACCCUCGAUUCUCGCUCAGGCAGGCCCGUCAUUUACCGCGGUAGAAACGAAGGAAAGGUCAAGCACUCCAAGUUCGUCGUCGGCCGCGACAGGCUCUUCCGCUCUGCCGAAGAAAGCAGAACAAAAGCGCUCUGCUACCAAUACAGUGGGCGCAACGCCUUCCAGCGGAGAGCAUCGCCCUGGUCCGGACAAAUAUUCGAAUGUCUUCUCAUUCUUUGACCCGCAACGGCAAGGAUAUCCGGACCCGCGUUUGCUCCCGCAUUUUGUCGACUUAUUUCUCAUCUAUGCUGGAAGUCUAUUCCCAUUCUUUGACCCAGACACAACAACCAGAGCUGCUAGAGAAGGUACACUUUCGCCUUUGAUUGCUAAUUGCUUGUCUGCGUAUGCCGCAAGGUUUUCGGACAAUAUCCGUCACUUCCCGGGUAAACGCCAUCUUUCUGGAGACUCAUUUCUAGACGCAGCCAAGUGUCUACUUCUCGGACCUGUUCCAGACAAGCUCGAGCGCUUACAUGCCCUUAUCUUAAUUGCCUGGUCGGAGAACGGUGCGGGCCGGCCCAACAACUUUUUUACGUACUCUCAAAUGGCCUUUUCUCUGGCAGUCGAGCUCGGGUUGGAUUCCGAGGAACGUAUUUGCAGCGACUCUUCCGAAGUAGCCAGAGACCGGUAUCGCUUGACUUUCUGGUCUGUCUCAUGGCUGAUAAUUAUCGCAUGUUCUGUGGUCGGAAAACCUUGUCCCUUACAUGUCGAUGAGUGUUCGACGGACAUGCCAAAUCCAGGUCUCAAAUUUUAUGGUCCUUUAUCACGCGAUGUCAUGUACCAGGCAUUUAGAAUCGUCCUGAAUCUAAUGACCUCUUUGAUUAAUUAUUCCAACGCUGGAAAGGCUAACACACCAUCUCCUUUCCGUGAUGCCGGACUGCGUCAAAUACAGAAUACCAUUACUAUGUUUCGGGAUUGGAUACCGCCUUCGUUGACAUUUAAUAAAGAGAAUCUCUCCUACACUGUGUCCCUACGUGAGGCAUUCGUGUUUUAUCUUGUGCAUGUUUUAUUGCACUGUUUUCUUGUUAUUUCGCACUGCCCUUCACUGUUUUGGGCGUCUCAGCCAGCGAACACAGUCUCCGAAGUUCCACGGCUUGAUAUCGCUUGGUCGUCCGCAGUGGCGAUCGUCGACAUACUCAAUCUCCUAGAGUCCGAAAACUUAAUGUUUACACAGGGAAUGUCAUCUACAUUUAUGCCCCUGUCCAUCGCAAGAGGAGCGCUCUUACUCGCGCAAAGCGAUGCGAAAAGCGUAAUUAACGGGUUAGGUGUAACUGCUGAAGACUUUGAACUCACGAACAGUAUAUAUCUGGAAACGACAGCGCAGAUGCUCCAGGUCCUCUCGAGAUAUUGGGGAAAUCCGCAUUCAGUUGAUAUUGCUGAUGAGCCCGUUGAAUUACAUGGCAUACAGACUGUUCCGCGUGAGACUGUACCGCAACUCCUUAAACCGCUAUCCUUGCCAUACAGAUUUACACUCCCUACCGGUCCGAUCAUCGUGCCUCGUCGGUACCUCGAUCAGUCGAGGGAAUCCGACGGACAGACACAGCAGUUAGGAGAUGGUUGGCAAAUUGUACCGUUAACAAGUGGCAAAGAAAUGGCUGUCGUCGAUAACUAUAACCUUGUUCGGAGAUAUAACUUCUGGCAGGAUAUGGGUCCACCAUCAUCGAGCAUGUGAUGCAUACACAAAACGCACCUUCAUCCUAUUCAGCAUUGCUUUCGAGCUUGUUUUUACCUUGUAG